AUGGCAGGCCGAGGCCGAGAUCGGUCGAGCCAAGGACCGCCUGCCGAGAUGCCCAACGGCGACGCUUCAGAAACAACACCGUUACUGAGGGCAUCAUCAACUGAGCACCUCCGAGAGCGUGGCGAGCUGCCCUUUUCCAAGCUCAUGCUGGUCCUGAGCACCUCCUUCUUCGGCGUCUUCCUGGCUGCCCUCGACUCCAGCAGCAUCGCCACCCUGUCGGCGCCCAUCGCCAGCGAGUUCCGCUCCCUCAGUCUGCUCUCCUGGCUAGCGACCGCCUACCUCAUCGCCAACGCCGCGUGCCAGCCCAUCACGGGCCGGCUGACGGACAUUUUCGGCCGCCGCGCCGGCAUCGUGGCCAGCAGCCUGCUCUUCGCCCUGGGCAGCCUGCUCUGCGGCCUGGCCCCCAACGCCGGCACCAUUGUCCUCGGCCGCGCGGUCGUGGGCGUUGGCGGCGGGGGGCUGAUUUGCAUCCCCAUGUUCCUGACCUCGGACCUAACCCCCCUGCGGAGGCGCGGCGUCCUUCAGGGCAUUGGCAAUCUGUGGUACAGCGCCGGCGCCAUGCUGGGCGGCGUCUUUGGGGGCCUGCUCCAUGAUCGCACCAGGAUGGGCUGGCGGCUCGCCUUUCUGAUGCAGGUGCCGCCGGCGCUACUGCUGAUUCCGGCUGUCUGGGUGCUGGUCAAGGUGCCGCCGAAACAGUCGGACAAGUCGUAUCUAGCUCGGGUCGAUUACCCUGGUGCCUUUUUUACCUGUUCAUUCCUGGUACUGCUGCUGCUAGGGCUGAAUACAGGUGGCACAUUGGUACCAUGGAGUCAUCCACUACCACUGACGACUCUUCCGCUCUCGGUUGUCUGCUUCGUCGGGUUCAUUUGGUGGGAAAGCAAAGCUACGCAGCCCAUUAUUCCAGUGCGUCUUUUUCGCAAUCGCACCAUCCUCUCCAACUGCUUUGGUAGCCUGUUCAUAUCCAUGGUGCUCCUGAUUGCCACCUACUACGCUCCCUUGUAUCUACAGGUUCGUGGUGAUUCGGCUGCUGCAGCUGGCGUGAAGUUGCUAUGGCUGCCCCUGGGCGGGUCGAUCGGCUCACUUGCAACUGGAUACGCAAUGGCUUGGACCGGCAAGUACGUGCGACUGGGGAUUUUUGGCAGCCUGAUCCUGAUUGCGGGUACGAUACUUUUCGCUCUCCAGAGUGAAGUCACUUCGUCCUAUUUGACAUGCGUCGCUUUGGUGCUUGUUGGAGGUGGGUUCAGCGUCGUCUCGACGACUGUCGCUGUUGCGAGCAUUGCAGCAGCCGAUCACUCGCAACAGGCUGUCAUUACCUCUGCUAUCUUUUUGGCCCGAAGUGUAGGUGCUAUGCUUGGUAUAACAUCAGUCUCUGCUGCCUAUCAAAACAUAUUGAAAAGCAGACUGUUGGAUCGCUUUGGAGACGAACAAGAGGCGCUUGAGGAGAUUGGUCGCAUUCUGGAUAGUCUGGAAGAGAUCAACCAUCUUCCGGAAGGGUGGAAAGAUGGCGUCAUGGUCUCGUUCAUGGAGGCUUUUGACGCUGUCUGGUACACGACGAUUGGUGCGGCCGUACUGGCUUUGGCGUGUAUCUGCCUCGUCCAGCAGCAUGAGCUCCAUUCAAGACUAGAUAGGCGAUAA